AUGGCGUCCCGCAUCCUCGUCCGCGGGCUCCACACCACCCGCGCCGUCCUCGACGGCGCCGCUGCUGUCCCCGCCAAGACAUCGCUCGGCUUCAAGGCCCAGCCGAAGCGCACCCGCACACUCCCUACUCUCAAAAUCGCAGCUACCGCCCAGCAAGCCCUGCCCAGCAACGACGUUCCCGGCGACAGGCCUCGUGGUGACAGGCCUCGUGGCGAUCGCCCUCGUGGUGACCGGCCUCGUGGUGACAGGCCCAGCGGUGACCGGCCCAACGCUGACCGCGCCGAGCGCCCCCGUAACGACCGUCCCCGUAUCGACCGUCCCCGUACCGACCGUCCCCGUACCGACCGUCCCCGUACCGACCGCCCGCGUACUGAUCGGCCCCGUGGUGACAGUCCCGCCAACGUUAAGCCUGCGCCCGAGCGCGAGCCUCAGCAGCGCGUCGCCAGCCUGGACGCUGUCUCCGCCGAGUUCUUCGAGGGCGCCGAGCACGCCGCCACCCCAGCGCGGAAAUUCACCCGCUCCGACGCGCCCCGGCGUGACGGCGCUGCCCCGCCGCGCAAGAAGCGUGAGAGCAAGGGACGGGGCAAGCCCGAACUUGGUGACGGUUCGCGACCAGGCGAGGGCACGCGCGCCGCCCGCAGCUCCAACUUUACUCGGCGCACGCCGCGCAUGCACGCUCCCAUCCAGGAGAUGCGCCUCGAGCCUGUUAAGCGUGACACGAGCUCCGUGUCGCUGUUCGGCACGUCGCCUCUGAUUGUCAGCGCGCUCGCGCGCUCGCGCGACCCCUUGUCGUCGGUGUGGGCCAAGGGCAUGGAGCGUUCUGAUGCUUCUCGUGCAGACAUGCUCCGUGCGGCUGGCGACUACUCACUCCUCACUCCCGCCCGUCCAGAGGGCAAGGGCACAAAGCUUACCGCCUCUACCGCCAUCUGCGCCAUCGGUAUGAACCCGUCUAUCAGCAUGCGCCGCCGUGGUGCCGGCGAAGAGGUCAUCCGCUCGUACCUCAGCUAG